GUUGAGAUGAUAAACAUCAGCCGCGGCGGUGGGCUCUACUGUUGAGAUGAUAAACAUCAACGGCGGUAUUUCACUCUUGCUAAAUCUUCGUCUUAUAAGUGGGUCCCGCCAAUGAAGGGGCCGACUUCCCAUAACCGUAAGAUCUUGGUGACGCACGAACAUGAAGGAUGUGCGAUGGGCAGCACUCAUUCGUUGCAAGCAGUGUAUUUUAUGUCGCAUGCUUCCAAACGUCAUGGAUCUGAUAGUACUUGCGCAUUUAGAAAGGGAAUCGAGGAUAUGCUGACACGUGGAGGACUUUGAUUGGUUUUGUGAGGAUGGGAUUUAAAGGCUGGGCUAUCCAUCAUCCGUCUUUUGUGUGGUGUGUGGUGCAAGGCAAAUGGUGGUGGGUCCUGUAAUGAGAUCUCAUUUCAUAUAUUUUCCCCUGAAAUAGACAUAGCUUCACUUCACUACAGCAAAAUGUCCCUUUCUCUGCAUACACAAGGCAGUUGCUGCUCUUCUUCCUCCUUCCUCUCUCCUUCCUGAACGAAAAUGGCCACCAUCAUUGCAAGCACUCCCACUUCAUCCGUAGCGGGUGCUGCUGCCCUUGUUCGCAAGGUGAAGACCAUGGCCUCUUCGUCGUCGACUGUUCUUGGUUUGCCAGUGAUGGCGAGGGGGCGAGUGAGGUGCUCUGCAGAGGAGAAGCCAUCCACAUGCCAGAUGGGUAUGGAUAUGGGCAUGAGUGCUUCAUUGAUCCCAGCAGCAUGCGCAGCGACCAUGUCGGGACCAGCCCUAGCUCUGGUGGAUGAACGGAUGACCACUGAAGGAACUGGGCUUAGCUUGGGCGUGAGCAACAACCUCCUUGGGUGGAUCCUAUUGGGUGUGUUUGGCCUCAUUUGGACACUCUACUUUGUGUACACUUCCACCUUUGAAGAGGAUGAAGAUUCAGGAUUGUCACUCUAAGUGGGCCCCACUAGUGUAAAAAGACAUUUGAUAUAAACAGAGGGCUUAAGACCUUGGUCCCCUUGUAUGUUUGCA